AUGGUGAUUAGCUCCAGGGCUGCUUCCAAGUCAGGCGCUCCAAAUUACAGGCCUCAGAGGAUUCUGGGAGGUCAGGAUGACGCUCUGCAUGACCAGAGAAUUAACAACAACACCACCAGAUCCAUGGAUGGGAUGGAUCCAUCAGAUCACACGUUGCUGCAGGAUUUCACCUCACAGUUGACCGUUUUUGUUUUCCUCUCUGACUUGAAUUUCUUUUCUUCCCCCCCUCUCUGUGUCCUCCCCACUCAGCAGGCCUGGCCCAGCGGCACCCAGCAGAUCCUGCUCCCCCCAGCCUGGCAGCAGCUCACCCACACCUCAGUCCAGCAUGCCACUGUCAUCCCCGACUCCAUGGGCAGCACACAGCCUCUCGCCAACUGGAGGAAUCCUCAUCCUCAUGGCGGCCAUUAUAAUCCCAUCAUGCAGCAGCCAGCAUUGUUGGCCGGCCAUGUUACGCUCCCAUCCAACCAGACGCUCAAUGUGGGAGUGGCACACGUUAUGAGGCAGCCCUCAACCAAUAACAACUCCUCUUCCAAAAAGAACAAACAGCACCAGAUGUCUGCCAGGAACAUGUCGGCCUACGAGGUGUCGUCCUCUCAGGCGGUGCUGUCCCCGCAGCGCUCCAAGCGGGUGAAGGAGAACACGCCUCCACGCUGCGCUGUGCUACAGAACGGCUCGGCCUCCAACUGCCCGCCCCCACAGGGCGGUGGGUGGGGGUCCAACGAAGCGGAGCAGGCUUCCAGCACCACCCGCGACCAUCAGCACCAGCACCAUGUCCCCAGACAGACCAUCAUCAUCCCCGACACGCCCAGCCCUGCAGUCAGCAUCAUCACCAUCAGCAGCGACACAGAUGAGGAAGAUGACCACAAACAAAAGAAAAGUUCAUCUACAAAGCAGCGAAAGAAUGUCAUCAGUUGUGUGACGGUCCACGAUUCGCCCGACUCUGACUGUUCCAGCAACAGCCCGUACACUGUGGAGUCCAGACACCCCAACAACAACAGCUACGACACAAAGAGCACCAUCCUGGACAACUACAACAACGGGAACCCCCGCACCAUCAUCAUUCCUCCUCUCAAGACGCAGAACAGCGAGGUCCCCAAUGAGUGUGAGCGCCUGAUGCCAGAUUUAAUGAACCAUCAGAAUACAGCUUAUAAAUUCAAAUCCUCCAAUGGAGUGCUGUCUGGCAAUCAUCACCUACCAGGGGGCAUACCCGGGGGCGUGGCCUAUCGACAGCAACGCUCAGGGCCACACCCCCUCCAGCAGCAGCCUCUCAAUCUCAGUCAGGCGCAGCAGCAUAUGGUAGCCGAGCGAAACGGCCAUCGGCGGCAGCAGGCCUACAUCACCCCCACCAUCACCACCCAGGCCCAGUACUUCCAUCACAACAGCCCCUCCCACACGGCCAAUGUCCACCCGCACCUGGCUGCCACCCACCUGCCCAACCAGCCCCACCUCUAUGCCUACACCACCCCCGCCACUCUGGGCUCCACCGGCACUGUGGCCCACCUGGUUGCGUCGCAGGGCUCAGUGCGCCACGCAGUCCAGCACGGAAGCUACCCCCCCAGCAUCAUCCACCAGGUCCCGGUCAGCAUGGGCCACCGGGUGCUGCCCUCCCCCACCCUGCACCACAGCCAGUACCAGGCCCAGUUCUCCCACCAGGCCUACAUCAACGCUUCGCCCGCCUCCACUGUCUACACUGGAUACCCGCUGAGCCCCACCAAGGUCAACCAGUACCCUUACCUCUAGAAAACACACUGACCGACACUGGAGAGCCUGACCCAGCACUGCUGCUGCUGCUGCCCCCCCCCGAAACCCACCCGCCCUGAGCCCCAUCCUCUCCUCGACCUCAGACAUAAAACAGAGACAGAGGAACAUGCAAUCCUCAUGAAACUGUCACAUAUAACUUGAAGAUAUAACGACAGAGAGAAAAAGAUUCACCGCCUCUCUAGAAGGGAAAGAUGGGGAUGAAUUUCAGAGGGGUACAGUUCAAGUUAUUUUCUUUCAUUCAUCAAUUUUUGUUCUCCUGAAAGGGCCAGUUUUUGCAUUUAUUUUUCAAUUAUUCACUUUUUACUUUACUAGUAAUGUUUCUUUAGUUUUACAGGGAAUUUAGAAACAGGCCUUUUGGGACAGUGGAGGUUUUCUGUUUUUUUAUUUUUAUCCCCCCCUCAUUAAUUCGGGGAGUGACUGUUGAACAGGGGUUACUGACUGGAAGUUCGGAAUCCCAAGAAAGAUUGGGAGAAGGUGAAAUACGGAAACCUGCUGCUCUACAAAGAAAAAAAUAUUGAUGGCCUUGAACUGUCUUAAUAUUUCCAUGGUGUGGGGAGAAAAGAGAGGCAACUCCCCCCCCCCCACCACUCCACCUUCUCCAGUCGAGGAGGUUUCUGGAAAUAUAACCAACAGAGGACAACAAACUUUUUAGUGUAUUUAUAGAUAUUUCUUUCCUUUUAUGUUUCACCUUUAUGACGAUACUUCAUUUUUUUUGCUAGGUGUCUUGCUGGGCCCCGUUCUUAGAAUGUAGCAGUCUGCACCAGUUGACUUUUUUUUCCAGAUACCAAUAGAUUUAUUUGUUCCUCUUUUUUCAAUGUGAUUGCACAAAGUGGUUAUAAUAACAUAGGCAUGUACAACGUGAUUGUCUGUGUGUGCUACUGUCAGCCAUGCGUGUGUAAAUCCACCUCCUUAAAACUCUCUUCAGUCUUUAGGUUUUUGACCAUUGUUCCCUCGUAGUGCCUUACAGAUAUACCGACACAGUUUACUUGGCUUGGAUCCUGAAAGCCACAAGAGACUCUAGCUAUACUUAGAACGACAUGUUUCCCUGGUUUGACAUGCUAGUCGGGGCAGUUGUAGCUCUCUUCCAGGUGUAGGCUUAGCCCUUGCUGUUUCUCGUCCUAAAAUGACAGCAUACUGUUAGAUGAUGAAGAUUAACGUCAGAUAUCACGCUGACUUUUUUAUUAUGUGUGCAUGAGAUAACUUGCCCGGGGUACUUACCAAAGUCAUAGAUAAAUUCUUGUUACAUUGUGCUCUGGAUAUUAGUGUAAAUAUGAAAAUGUACAGUAUAGCUGUAGACGUAAACCUCUAUCACCCAAAAUGUGGCUUUAGUUUGGAAUAUAUUUGUUGUUUUUUAAGGGAAUUCAUGCAGCGUGAGUUAUUAGCUCAGUUUUCAAGAACAGGGAUUGAGUUACAGUACAAUGUUUGAGACACAGUAGAGGUUGCUUUUUUUAAGGAUAAAAGUUAGUCCGAGAGAAGGGCCUGACAGGAAGUGAUUGUUGCCAUGAGAGGGGGUUCUGUGAGGCGGAAGGGAUGGGUCUGCAGAGAAGAGGCAGAGUAUCGAGGGUUGUUCGAGAGAGAUACUGUGUAGGCACGAGUGAGGCGUCUGUUUGAAAGCAUAGGGUCAGUUUAGGUAGGGACUGUGGAGGGCAGGGCGAAACUCUCUAUCUUAAAUGGGACUAAAAUGGUAGCAAGUUGGCACUGAGCAGGUUGAUAGAAACACUGAGUCCGGGUCGUCGGUAGGAGCCCAAAAGGGAGGGCACUACUUUACCUGAAUGCACACUUUCUGACGUGAAUCCUUCAAAGAUAAUUGGAAGUUAUUUGUCGCGCUUGAGGUUUGGGUAGCAUCUAAAAAAAAAUGCAGGAACAGAACAGAAGGGAAAUGCCACAGCAUACACCUGGAAGGGCACCUUGUGGACGAUUUUGUCGCCACUGUCCAUUUGUCUUCGAACCAGGUACACCGCAGACAUCACCACGCCAGCCGAAACGGGAUACCGGAACACUUAGAGAACCAAUAGGGCUGUGUGUGUUCGCUGCUUCUUUCAAUUUUGUUCCCCCAUGUAGCCAAUGAUACAAAAAUCUCCUUGUUCAUUUGUCCUCGUAUAGUCACAUCAGUACCGCUGGUGGGUUAGUGAAAGCCUUCCCCUCCCCCUUCCUCCAUGGUAUGCCAUAGUACCUGCAUUUGAAGUGAUUAUUCUUUUGUUGUUGUUGUUUUUUAACUUAACAUUAUCUUGAACUUUUUUUUGACAUGGCUGUAGUACAUGUUGUGUUUAUUUUUUAGAGAUUGUUGCAAUAAUUCUUGUGGAUGUUUUAUCAAGAGUGUGUGCGUUUUUAUUAUAUGUCAUUUCUAUUUUGUAACCUGGGGGUUGAUGUACAGUGAAAUGUAGUAUGAAGUGGAGGUGGGUGCACCUGUGUUAAAGUGUUGCAACACUGCUAGUGAUAGUAAGUGUGGAGUUGAUGAUAAUCCAAUGGGGCCCUUAUACUGUAGAUAGAUUGCCACAUUACCACAACUAGGUUCGAAAUACUUAAAUCUCUUCAAAACAAAUCUUUUGACGUGCCCCAGAGUGUCAUCCUGGUACUUUUUACCCCCACACUCCCCUUCACUUCCGAGUUGUGAGAUGUGAGAUGUGAUUUAAGUACGUUGCUGGUUACUUCAUUAUUUUCUGUUCUGUUGUUUUUCUUUUGAUUUGAUCUACUUUAUUUCCUCAAGCUCAAGCACACACGCAUAAGGGAGAAGAUUUUCCAUUGAAAUAUUUUCUGUUAUUAUGAAACAGACUACUGAAACAUUCCACGGUUGAGGGAAUUUGGCGUUACUCAUGCUACACUGCUGUGUCCGGUCCCCUCUCCUGUCAGCAGGGGGAUAGCAUUGUCACCCUAGGACUUUGUUUUUUUAUUUUUCGCUCUUCCCACCAAAGAAUUCUACAGAUCGAUCAUGUGCAGCACAGUAGAGUACAAGCAAUCCUCCACAGCGUUGCUAGAGCAGACAGGCAAUAACUCCUGGUCUAAUUUUUUUUACAAAUUAUUUGGACAACAUGUCGUUUUACCCCCAACAGGAGGAUUUAACAUACUUAAUACAGCACAGUGAAUUUCUUUACAAUCUACCUUCAUUUCUCCUCGCACUUGGCCCUGUUAAUAAUUAUCUAACCUCUCCAAAAUGUUAAGCCAGUUUUUGUUCUUUUGCAUUGUCGAUGUUGUAGCUUUAUUGGUGUUGUAUGAAAAUGAAUUUGUAAUCUGAAAGGUUUGUUUUUAAAUUAGCGUGCCAUGGAUUAGAAUGACCCAUAAAAAAAAAAAAUGAAUUAAUCAAAAAUGUACCAACUAUACCUUUAAAACCAUGGUCACCCGCACAAAAUGAAUGUAAUAUGUGACCUGCGGCAUCUGAAAUGGCUUUAGAUCUUUCUCAGUGGGUGGCCAUUCAUUUAAUUUCUACACCGUUUGUGGCCAUGCAUGAUGCAAUAAUUAUACAUCCAGCAAAAUCCCAUGUGAGAGAAAUAAUGUAAAAUUACCACUAUCCUCAUUAUUGGGGGGGAUAUCAAAUAAUCGCUAUUUUCUCAAAUGAAACCCAAUUUAAAGGAGCCCUAUAUGCGCGACGUUGUGGAAAAAUGACUUGAUAUGUAUGAUACGUUUGUCUAUUACUCUGUUUCACAUAACCAAUGUUUUGUGUUUUAUAAAAAACGGGAAUCAGAAAUGUGAGCUAUAACUUAGAUCGAGUGACCUUACAAUUACCAAAAUGUGCUUAAGUAGAGUGUAAAAAAUGUUUUUUGUGUUGUUGAGGUGAACAUAGCCUUCCCAGCUAGCGACUUUACUGUUAGAGUACUGCCUUCCAAAUAACCAACAAUACCUCCAAAGGUGACAAUACAAUUAGAAACAAGGCAGUGUCUCACUCUGGAUGAAGCCUGGCAUUCUCUGACAAAAUACACUCAAACUUCCAGCUUUGCUCCCGGUGAAACAUUCCUGAGAGCAUGAUGGCUCACAGUUCUACAAUGGUCUUCACACAAACUCCUCUAAGGUGACAAGAACUGAACACACAACGCUCUCGUUUAAUAUAAACCGUUGGCAUAGUUGCAGCUGCCUCCCAAGUGGUGAGGAUCAGGGGGAUUAACCAUGAUCUGAUGUUCUCUCUGUCACCAGAAAAUUCAUAAUCUAGCCACACAAGCAUUCUUAAAGCCCAUUCGGAUGAGAGUGUAUGUUUUUUUUUCUCUUAUUUGAGGAGAUCUGCUCCUUUUGCUGGCUAUUCCUUUGGGGGAAUUCAGGGUGAGGUGGUCAAGGUUUGAUGCCAUCACUGAUAGAGGCGAUUACAAUGUAAGAAUUUAAGAACCAAAUCUGAUUAAAAUGCAAUUGUUUUCCUAAUCUAAUUUGUGUAAAGCCCCACUUUAAAUCCUCUUUAAGUGCUGCCCUUUAAGAUCUUUGGUAUUUCUUUUAAUAACUGAAAUAUGUAGCUUUUCACAUAUGACUUUAAGAGGGAUUUCUAGCUUAAGAUAUUUAUUUUGUGGUAAAUGGGAUCUAAGCAGUAGACCAAAGCUACAUUCAAAGCUAGAUUUGCCUGUUUACACUAUACAAAUAUUGUUCUGAAACUAGCCUAGCUUUUCAAAGUCACAAUCCCUUUUGAUACAUUCUUUAAACUCUAAAUUAGAUAAGUUACAUUUCUCAUACACUGGUUAUUUCCAUUUUCUAAAGACCUAAGAGUGCAUCAAACCCUGACCCCCUUUGUGUCCAUUGCUGUAUGGUUUCUCAAUUGUGUAAAAUCUCAUUAUUUGUCGAUAAAGCUAAUGUGUGCUGCAGUAUUUCCUAGUAUACUUCUCUGAUAAUUGUCUUUGCUUAUUUACUUUUGUUUAUUGGGGUGUGAUGUCUGAUUAUUUCAAUCUGUUGAUGUAGCGUUCUAUGUAUACCCUGUUCCUUAGCCUAAUAUUAUUAAGUAUGUUAUGAGAAUGGAUAUUUUACUGGCUUUAUAGAAUGUUUAAAUAAAUAUAACAAUGACAAUAAGAAGAAGGAUUAAUUAAACCUCUUAACAAGUUGAGUACUUGCUACUAAGCGCUUGUGUUACCAUUAUGAUGUUGUGUGCUUCUCUUAAUCAUUUUCGUUGUAGAAAAAUUGAGUGAAUUUAUAUUAGGCUUCGAAAAAACUAAUGAUAGCAUUGUACAUUUUACGGGAGGAUUUUAACAGACAAACCGCUUCGUCAAAUAGAAGAAUAUAGUUAUUUUAAUUGUCCUCUUUACUAACUGUAGGGUGAGAAGGGGCUCGCGUUGUGGUGAACUAUGUUAUAGCUUGUUAUUCACUGUUACUUUUGAUCAUUUUUUCGGUCUCCGAGGUGAAUCGAGUUAUUAAUGAGAAUUUGUAUGCUCACAUAUGCAUAUUGUAUAUGUGUAGAAAUGUAAUCACACUUUGUCUUGGAUUUACAUUAAACUGUUAAGUCACGGCA